AUGCAGUUCAACCUUUUCACCACCGCCUCCAUCCUGUUGGCCAGCACCUCUCUUUUGGCUGCAGCCCUCCCCCAAAGCCUUGCCAACCGCAACUCUCCUCCAGUUUGCGGUACUUGCAACCCAGUCUCUGGCAAGAACUUCUGUGACGUCACCACCUCUUGCAUCAACACUGGAUCUACCUUCCACUGCGCCUGCCGUGCUGGCUACAAGGCGAGCCCUCGCAACAACGACUUCAACAAGCAGUUCCGUCUGCCAUUCAAGAACUACGAGUUCCUCGUUUUCGUGCCAGAGAACACCGCUUGCAACACCCUCUGCAACGACUGGACCCUGCCACCACCAGCCUUGUGCUCUGAGGUUCCUCUUUACAACCAGUGCAGAGUUUAA